AUUCUGUAGUGUUUGCCACUGACUUCUCUCUCUUGGACUGAAUCAUGUAAUGAAUUCUAGUAUAUUUGAUGUUUGCUUGUGUUUCUGAGUACAAAUCUGGUUUAUCCUUUCCAUCUGGGUACCUGGGUCAUGUGAAUCUUCCUGAACUUUAACUGAUACCAUCACUCUUUAGUUUCUUCUUUCACUUGAAUCAAUGGUUAGACGUUAGAUCCCUUCUCUUAAAAGUUUCAGCAUUCAGAUAGUUUUUCUGCCACACUCAACUCAUGUAACUCAUGUGAAUGUUAGAUUUGCAAUCUCUGUGGUGACAUCCAUAAGGACUAUUUCUUGGUCCUCUCUGUUUGUUCUAGUCUCCUUCCUCUUUAAAACCCAAUAAACCAUUUCUCUGAGUUACACAAAACCAUGGAGGAGACCUUUAUACCAUUCCGAGGAAUCAAGAAUGAUCUUCAUGGUAGGUUGAUGUGCUACAGGGAAGACUGGACGGGAGGUUUAAAGGCAGGCUUCAGGAUUUUGGCUCCCACCUUGUACAUAUUCUUCGCUUCUGCAAUCCCAGUUAUUUCAUUCGGUGAACAAUUGGAGAGAAAUACGGAUGGGGUUCUGACAACGGUUCAAACAUUAGCAUCUACUGCAUUGUGUGGAAUUAUACACUCUAUUAUUGGAGGUCAACCUUUGCUGAUUCUAGGAGUUGCCGAGCCAACUGUGCUUAUGUACACAUUCAUGUUUAACUUCGCAAAAGAUAGACCUGAUUUGGGGCCAAAGCUUUUCCUAGCAUGGACUGGAUGGGUAUGUGUGUGGACUGCGAUCCUUCUGUUCUUGCUGUCUAUUCUAGGAGCUUGCUCCAUUAUCAAUAGGUUUACUCGAUUGGCGGGAGAACUCUUUGGUCUGCUAAUUGCAAUGCUCUUCAUGCAGCAAGCCAUCAAAGGACUUGUGGAAGAGUUUCGCAUACCCAAAAGUGCGAACCCAAAGUUAAUAGAAUUUCUACCUUCUUGGAGAUUUGCGAAUGGGAUGUUUGCCUUAGUAUUAUCAUUUGGCCUUCUGCUUACUGCAUUAAGAAGCCGGAAAGCACGGUCAUGGCGAUACGGAUCUGGUUCGCUUCGAGGUUUCGUAGCAGAUUAUGGUGUUCCAUUGAUGGUUUUAGUCUGGACUGCCGUUUCCUACAUACCAGCUGGCAGCGUUCCCCCAAGGAUUCCUCGGCGGCUUUCCAGCCCAGAUCCAUGGUCACCUAGUGCAUAUGAGAAUUGGACUGUCGUUAAGGACAUGCUAGAUGUGCCCGUUCUUUACAUAGUCGGAGCUUUUAUUCCAGCCACGAUGAUUGCGGUGCUGUACUAUUUUGACCAUAGUGUAGCAUCUCAACUGGCUCAGCAGAAAGAAUUCAAUUUGAGGAAGCCAGCUUCUUUUCAUUAUGAUUUACUUCUUUUGGGGUUCAUGGUCAUAUUAUGUGGUCUUCUUGGAAUCCCUCCAUCAAAUGGUGUCAUCCCACAAUCUCCAAUGCAUACAAAGAGUUUAGCUACACUCAAGCACCAGUUGCUACGCAACCGUCUUGUGGCAACAGCACGCAAAAUUAUGGGUAAGAAUGCAAGCUUGGGGCAGUUAUAUGGAGGUAUGCAAGAGGCUUAUCAACAGAUGCAGACUCCAUUGAUCUACCAGCAGCCAGCAGCCACAGUAGGACUAAAGGAACUGAAGGAGUCUACAAUUCAAUUGGCUUCAAGCAUGGGAAAUAUUGAUGCUCCAGUUGAUGAGACAGUAUUUGAUGUUGAGAAGGACAUUGAUGAUCUUCUGCCUAUUGAGGUCAAAGAACAGAGGCUUAGCAACUUGCUUCAAUCUUUGAUGGUGGGAGGCUGUGUUGCAGCCAUGCCUUUUCUUAAAAUGAUUCCGACUUCAGUACUUUGGGGCUACUUUGCCUUCAUGGCUAUUGAAAGUUUACCUGGCAACCAAUUCUGGGAGAGGAUCCUAUUGCUCUUCACUGCUCCAAGCAGAAGAUACAAAGUGCUUGAGGAGUGCCAUGCUACUUUCGUGGAGACUGUUCCUUUCACGACGAUUGCAUUUUUUACUCUUUUCCAGACAGCAUACUUGCUCAUUUGUUUUGGUAUUACAUGGAUUCCAAUUGCUGGGCUCCUGUUCCCUUUAAUGAUCAUGCUUUUGGUUCCUGUAAGACAGUAUAUACUGCCCAAGUUUUUCAAAGGGGCAUUCCUUUCAGAUUUAGAUGCCGCAGAAUAUGAAGAAGCACCACCAGCUUUAACAAUGAACCUAGCAACUGAGGGAGAGAUGGUUGUAAGAGCCUCUUUUGCAGAGGAAGAACUUCUAGAUGACCUCAUUACUCGGAGCCGAGGUGAGAUAAAGCAUAUAUACAGUCCAAAAUUAACAAGUUCCACAGCAACUCCAGCAAAAGAUCCCAAGAGCAUUCAAAGCCCUCGGAUCUCAAACACGGCAUAUAGCCCUCGUAUAAGUGAACUGAGAGGGGAUAAAAGCCCCCAGCUUAGUGGGAGAGGGCCCAACAGUCCAAGGACUGGAGAAGCAAAGCCAUCUACUUUGGGACAGAGUGCUCGGAACUCAACUUCAAAUUAGAAAGUAUCAAUAUUAUGACACAUAGAUAUAUAGGUUGUUUGUGGUGGUCUUUCUUUUUUUUUUUUCGUGUGUAUUUGGUGUGGACUGACUUUCAUGUAAAAUCUUUUGCCUUCUUCUCCUAUCAACCCAAAAAAGAAUUUUAAGUAUAGAAUCAUAGCAAUAAUACAAAUGUGGGUUUUUCUGCUGCAUCCA